GAGCUGAUUUGCCGUAGCGUUGGGCUCCGCUUGGGGCCCGGGAAUGCGCGGCCCAAUCUAAGUUAGGCUAAUGCAGGGAUGCGCGCGGGCCUCCGCGGUUGAUUUGCCGCGACAGCGGGAAAUGCCAUAUUUGACACCAUGCGCCACAGCCAAUUCGCGCCAUUCGCGCUUAGGGAGUUGACUGGAACAAAUUUGAAGCAGAGGGUCGGGGUCAAUUCCGAUCACGCAUUCGGCGUGUACGCACCCCCAAAGUUCACGCAAGACGCAUUUGCGAGAAACGCUCCAGCUAUGUUCCGGCUGCAUACGUCGCUGCAAUGUGACUGUACUUCCAGGCAACAGUCUGGCAAUCGAGCAGCUUCAAUUUCACAGGCACAUGUUUGCAUUGUAUCGAACAGACGAACACAGUCUUCAAAAGAGAAAAGGAGCACAUCAAUCCCUUUCCAUAAAUACCGUUCCCACUUCACGAAUUCCACCCCGCCGCCGCCUCUCCCCGAUCUCCAUAUCGGCCUCCACGAAAUGGCACAUGCGCCGCGGCUCCUCCUCGUGAUGCUCCUCCUCUUCGCGGUAUCGCCGGCGCCCUCCCUCGCAGCAAAGUUCGUCGUCGGCGACAGGGAGCACUGGGCCCCCAACGUCAACUACACCGCCUGGGCCGACCAGCACCAGUUCCACGUCGGCGACUGGCUCGACUUCGAGUACGAGAAGGACAGGUACGACGUGGUCCAGGUGAACGAGACGGCGUACGCGGCGUGCGACGACGGCGGCGCCAUCCUCAGGUACAGCCGCGGCCGCAACUUCGCGUUCCACCUCAACCGCACGGGCCGGUUCUACUUCAUCUGCAGCCGCGGCUACUGCUGGGGCGGCAUGAAGGUGUCCGUGCUCGUCCAGCCACCCGCGUCGCUGCCACCGGCCGUGGCGCCGUCCCACGCGUCACGCGUCCGUGCCGCGGCCACGGUGUGGGGGGCAGCUCUCGCUGCCUCGCUGGGCGCGGCGGUGCUGGGGUCGUUGCCGUUUCCGAUGUGAACGACCGGGCGCACUUGGAUUCUUGGCCUUCCAUUUUUAACAGCGUAGU